AAGAGUCCACAUGACGCUGAGUGAGGAGGGUGGCUCGUUCACCCUUGUCGACUUUCAAGUCCCGCAACGAGAACAUGCCAUCGUACAUUUGGCAGCAGAUGCUGCCAUGUGCUCUGCGUGCCGGAGUAAAGAGAUACCACUGUUCAAGUCAAAUUGCAGUGCAUGUCGUGAGAUUCUUCUCAGCCCGAAGACAACAAUAUCUCAGCUCUUUGCUAUUGCCAGGCAUUGGAUGACAGAUGUGCAGAGCAACAUCGAUCUAAUCAUUGAUGAAAUAUUAAAACGAGGAGCACAUGUGGAUGAUAGAGAUGGACAAACAGACAUGACACUCUUGCAUUAUGCUAGUAAAGCUGGAAGUGUUGGUGUUGGUGAUGUGGAUAAGGCAGCAGCGGUCGUCUCGAUGCUCUUGGAUAAGGGUGCAGACGUCAGUCUACGAUCGCGAUGGACAAACAUGUCCGCUCUUCACUACGCAACGUUCUUUGAUGUGGGUCCAGUCGUCAAGCUCCUUCUCACGGCUUCACACUGUAAAGAUAUAAACUCGGUCUGUCAUGAGUUUGACAAUGGCACAUCACUGCACAUUGCUGCUCAUAAUCUGAGCCUUGAAGCAGCAACUGCACUUGUUGAGAAUGGUGCCAGUGGCGCGAUAAGAGACAACCGGGGCCGGCUACCUAUAGAGUGUAUACCCAACCCAGAGGAUGAUGUCACGAGACCAGAUCUGACUAUGCAGUGUCAUCAGAUGAGGGAGAUACUAAAUGAAGCUGUUUCCACGGUAACAGUGAUGGUUCAGCAGUCAAAUUUCUUUGAGAGCUUCGGCUUUCGUAUUGGUGACAAGGUCAUCGUUAAUGGCCUGAAGGCUGGAACACUACGGUUUAUUGGCGAGACCAAGUUUGCUAAAGGCGUCUGGGCAGGAAUUGAAUUGACAGAGAAUGCAGGAAAGAACAAUGGCACUGUACAGUGUGUGGAGUAUUUUGUUUGCCAGCAAGGUUAUGGUAUAUUUGCACCUGUCGACAAGGUGUCUAAGGUUUCGGCUGUUGGAUUGCAUGACCUCCAACCCCUACACUGUUCCUCCCCACGCUUGUCACCAGUCAGGGAGGGUGUGUGUAGUCCGCAAACCCUGAUCUCGCCAGCAAGAUGGGACAAUGAUGGUAGACAUCCACUCGUAUUCUCUCAGUCACCAAGAGAGAGGCGUGGCAGUGGCUCAUCAUUACCCGGCAGUUCUCCCCAGCCAGCUCCAUCCCAAAAGAUAAGUGUUGGCAGCAUCCCGGAGUUCCCAGUUGACAGGGAUGAACAUGUAACCAUAGCAACGGGAGAUAGAGUGAUAGUGGCAGGCACGUGUUUGGGCACGGUCCGGUUUGCUGGCGAAACUCUGUUUGCUGCAGGAUUCUGGUAUGGAGUUGAGCUAGACAACCCCGUAGGGAAGAACAACGGAACAGUGCAGGGGAUCGCAUACUUCACUUGUAGGAACAAUCAUGGCAUCUUUGCACCACCAACUCGUCUAUGCAGGUACCAAACUGACCUAACUCCUAUCAGUCCAUCGAAAUUGUCCGAUGACCAUUUGAAAAAUCGACUUGCGGUUGAGGAACCUGAGUUCAAUAAGCAGGUGACGAUGUCAACCAGUGAGAGAGUGCUCUCCAAGCAGCAGAAGACUUCCUCCAAUCAAAAAGCUCUGUCCAGACAAGAUUCCCCGAGGUUGCACUCGCAUGUUAAAACUCUGUCCCGACCUUCCUCUGCUGAAAGCCAAGGAAGGGCGAGUGGCAGACCUUUGUCGGCUGGUAGCAGAGCGUCGUCCACGUCCGUCGGUAGCGCGAAGAGUGCGUCACAUACGUAUGGCUUCACCAUCGAGGAAGGCACGCAGGUGUUUGUCAACGGCGAAUUCGGUACCGUGCGCUACAUUGGACCUGUGAGCUUCGCUGAACACACCUGGCUUGGAAUCGAGUUGAAGUCGGCACGUGGUAAGAAUGACGGCAGUGUGCAUGGAGAGCGAUUCUUCAGCUGUGGUGCAAGACACGGACUACUAGUCAGACCCAGUAGGGUGACGGUGCGCGGCAUCAAUGGUGCAAAGUUACUACAGUGAACAAGUAACGGGUGUGCGUGACAAGGAAAUGAACAGAAUCAAGUUCAUGAUUACUGAAUGAGUGUGACACAGUGUAUUGUAAGUACAUGACUAGAAACAGUUCAGGGUGGUGACUGAAUGGAGGGAGCCAUGUUUAUGGUAGAUGAAAGCCUGGUGUGUUACACUUGUAUGACCUACCGUCCACAGAUUGCAACCUCGUUUUGAGUCUUUGACCAUCGUCCAUAAUAGUGUCAGCUUAAGAUAGGUUGGUAUUCCAUGUUGUGAGUUACAAGUUGUACAGUUCAACAUGUGCUGUUAUAAGUUUCACAUUUUGAACAAAUGGCGAAUGAUUUCCUCAUAUUUCGCUAGUGUGCAACCACUUUUCAACAAGUCUCUGGACUUCUAAUGUGACUUUUUUCCCUAUUUAUGUCAUUUGAUGGCUAAGUUAAUGAUCAUGAAACAGAAUCUCUGUGAAAUGUAAGAUAUAUGAAUGCACAAAACGUAUUUUAUUCUGACAUAUUUUACAUAUGUGGUGUGGCCAGUGGCUGUUAAGAAGUGGAGCAUACUUGCAAAUUGUGGCAGUUUUUGAUGCAGCAGUAUAUUCUUCUAAAAAUUUCUCAGUUGAUCUGCUGUCUGGGCCUAUAGAUAACAGUAUUAACAGCUCAGUGUGUAGUGCAAACAACAAACUAAAACUACGAAUCCAUUUACCAAAGUACACAGCUAUUGAUUCUACUUGAAUGUAUUUAUUUGCAUUGCUUUAUCUCGGUCUUUGCUGUUAUUGAAAUUUUUUGAUGUUAGUACAUGGUUCAAGUUAUAGUGAUGUGGCCAUAAUUCCUUAACGUCUUUCCACUGCCCUUAUUUUGCGUAUUUCAUGCUGUUUACUGUACGUAUUCUUUAUUUUGUGAUUAUGGCGUAUAGUGGUGUUUCACGGGCAUGUAUAUUUUUCAAUCAUUAUGCAAUACUAAGCAUGAUGUAAAACGUGCACAUAUAUGUAUACUGUGUAAUAAGAGUAAUUCAAUAAUACAUAAUACUUCUUAUGGAAGUAUGUUAUUGGGGGAAUUAGUACAGUAGUUGAGCAAAUGAGCGUUUGCUAUAUAUGUACUUCUGCAGCUCUGCACAUCUGAUUUAGACAUUGUAUGCAGUUGAAUGCUUGACGAAUGUUUUCCUUCAAUGAAUGUUUUCAAUCGUCAGAUAUGAGGGUUGCAUGACAGGUGCCGCACUGACGAGUCUGCAAUAAGGGUAUACUGUCUGGUUUUCACAUAUGACUAUCUUGCGUAAUUACACAUUGCAUGCAUCUGUGCACAUGGAGUUUUACGGAGAAUUUGGUUGUAGCGAAUACGAAAUGAUUACAUAGUUUGAAGUGCCUUUAUUUGAGUAACAUUUGCGCACAUUUUUGGAUUUUCACGAAGACACAAAAAUGGAUAAGAAGGGAUAAUCUCUACAAGGAUUUGAUAUUUCUAGUCUUCACUAUAUGCUGCUCGGUUUUAUCGUAUUUGCUAUUCGGUUAGAAUGCAUCACUAUCUGCGUUAAUUUAAACGUUUGCAUGUGCGUACCUAUUUGCAUUGAUAACUUGCAAUGUAUCUAGUCCGUGUAUGGUAUUUAUAACUAGUCACAUCGUGCCUACUCAUCUAUUUAUUGCAUAUAUAUUAUUUUUAUUACGGGCACGUGUGUUGCAUGCUAUUGUUAUCGCGUGGCUCUAAAUAAUGUGAUGUAACACGAGUGUGAUGUCACAUAAUCUUAGUCUUGUUCUAGCAUCAGAAGUUUAUUUGGUAAAGUUCUGAUUAGAUGACUUCCUGUUAAUAUUGUAGGAAUUCAACGUUGCACGUUUGUCUGCGACAGAUAUAAACCACAUCUAUUUUUAUUUAUUUACUUAAUCCACUUGAAAAAGGUUGGGCUGUGGUCCGUGGAUGUACCUUUGCUGUACCACUCUGAAUUUAAUAAAGGUUAAGCCUAAUUAAUAAUUAAUG